AUGACUACUUUAAAUUCAAGCUUGGGUAACGACAAAAAAAAUCUAAAGAAUCACCCUUUAUUUAUUGAAGACGGUACUACUGAAGAUGAUAACAUGCACGUACUUCAGAAGUGUAUUCCUCCUGAACUACACCUAUUACAAGGGUUUGUCAACCAUCUUUUCUGGGACGGUAUAGUUAAAAUUGAGGAAAUUGGAAAAGAUAGAGCUUUAUUGUGGCCGAAUAAAUUAGCUUUAAUUGAUAUACCAUUGACUACGGUAUCUCCCUUUACUUGUAACACUUGUCCUGAAAUUAUGGAAUUAGAACUAGAUGCUUAACCUAAAAUAUGCCCAGUAACCAAAUGUCUACCUGGUUUUGAAACAGUUGAAAUUAUUAACAAUAAAAACAAAUUCAUUUCUCCAAUGUUAUCAAGAGAUGAAACAUAUGUUAAAAAGUCUGUAUAUCAAGGAUUAUAUAAUGGAGUAAAAACAGGUGGAAUUAAAGGAAAAUACAAAAAUCAUUUCAAACGCCCUAAUAAAGAAACCGUACAAAUAGAAGAAGUUGUUUGCAAAGAAUAUAAAUGUGUUUCUACAAAAUUACCACCAAAGUUCAUACAUACCAAAGAGGAAUGUCCCCCUAUUACAUGUCAGCCAUCGUACAUUGCAGUUUUUGAUAUAAAACAAACUUUAAAUAAUGAUUGCCCUAAGUAUUCAUGUCAUCCUCCUCCACCUCCUGAUGCAAUUUGUAAUAUUACUGGACGAACUUUUAAUACAUUUGACAACACAGAAUAUAAAUUCGAUAUAUGUAAUCAUGUUAUUGCAAGAGAUUUAGAUAAUGACGAUUGGGAAGUAGCAUUAAAAAAAAAUUGUUCAAAAUACUGUUCACGAACUCUAGUUAUAAGACAUAAUGAUAACGUUUUAAGUAUUCACUCCGACCUUAGCCUAGAAUUAGAUGGAUUUUCCUAUUCGGUUGCACAUAUUCAAAAAAUUGUAGAAAAAUUAUCUGAAUUUUCAAUUCAACGGGUUGGAAAUGUAAUAUCUUUUGAAUCCAAUAAAUAUGGUUUUUGGGUUAUAUGGAAUAAGCAUGGCAACGUAAAAUUGGGUGUCGUUAAUAAACUUAUGGAAAAAGUUGAUGGAUUAUGUGGGUAUUUUAAUUCUUUACCUAAGGAUGACAAACGAAAACCUGAUGGCUCCGUUGCUAGAACAACAGAAGAUUUUGGAGAAAGUUGGGCUGUUUCUAAUGAUCAACCUAAAAUUUGUGAGGCUAAAACCUGUAAAAUACACAUUCAAAAUAAAGCUUGGGAAAUGUGUAAUAGUGUAAAACAUAAACUAAAACUAAUAGUUGAUGCAGAAAGAAUUAAUGAUUUUGAGGAGAUUUCAGAAUGGCUAUCUGUUAGAGAAACGUCUUCAAAACAUUUUAAAAUUUUAAUGACUGAAAUGCAAGUUGAGGUAUCUGUAUAUUUUCCAUCUCUAGGAGUAUCAGUAAAAGCGCCUUCACAUAAAUAUGGAGGAAAACUUGAAGGUUUGUGUGGAAACUGCAAUGGAGAUCCUUCCGAUGACAAUAUAAUACCCAAUAAUAAAAAAGCAAUAAAUGAAAAUGAAUUGGCACUUGGUUGGUUAUAUGACAAAUUACCUGGAGGUCAAUUGCCAGAACAAUGUGGAAAUAUAGAAAAACUUGAAUGUCAACCUUUACCUAAUGAUAAAAACCCAUGCUUACAAUUAAUAGAUGUAAAUAAAUUUGGCCAGGUUUUGUUAAAUAACACAUGCGUUAGUCCAAAUGAUUGUAAAGUAUGUGAUGAUGAGGGUCACCAUCCUGGGGAUAUAUGGAAAAAAGACAAUUGCACCACUUGCACAUGUGAAGGGACAAGUUUAAAAUGUGAAACUCAAAGUUGCACGGGAAGUACUACUAUUUGUGAAAAGGGAUAUAACGCAAAAAAAAUACCAUCAAAAGAAAAUCAAUGCUGUGAUAAAUUUGUAUGUGUGCCAGAACCAGUUGCUGGGCCAACAUGUGAACCACCUCAAGAAAUUAGUUGUGGACCAGGACAAGUAUUAAAAUUGGACACAAAACCAAAUGGAUGUCGGGCGUUUAUUUGUCAGUGUAAACCAGCUAAGGAAUGCGACAAAAUAGAUUUAACUAAAUUUGAAAAAUUAGAUGUUGGUUACAAACUAGAAAUUGACGAAAAUGGUUGUUGCCCUCUUGCAAGUAUAGUUUGUCGACAGGAAUUAUGUUCUGAAGCAAAACCUUGUCCUCAAUAUUACAGAUUAGAAUCAAAGGAAAUCCCUGGAAAAUGUUGCCCAAUACAUACUUGUGAACCGCCACAAGAAAUGUGUAUAUUUGAAGCCAAAUACAUUUCGGCUACUGAUGGCGGUGAAAGAUUACUGACCAAGUUUGAAAAAAGGUUGGAGCUUAAAGCAGGAAAUUCAUCAUGGAAUGAUGGCCCAUGCAGAGUCUGCAAUUGUUUAUUAACAAGUUCGGGAAGUUAUCAGUUUACUUGCAAAAAAGAGGACUGUAAAGAAUUAAAAACAUUCACAGAUUUUUAUGAAUACGAUUUAGUUAUGGAACAUAUUUACGAUAAAUGCUGUCCCGAGCCCAAACGAAUAGGUUGCAAACAUAAAGGACAAGUAUACAAAGUUCAAGAAAGUUGGCCUUUAGAUAAAUGUUCGACUAUGAAAUGCACCGAAAAUUCUAAUAAAAUUAUUAAAGAAACGCUUCAAAUCACAUGUGAUUCUAACUGUGAAUUUGGUCACGAAUAUAUUGAGACUAACAAUGAAAAUGAAUGUUGUGGAGUUUGUAAACCUAUUGGCUGCGUGGCAAACCAAAAGAUCUUUAAAAUAGGAGAAAAUUGGACUUCAGAUGAUUAUUGCAUUGAAUAUUCAUGUAAGAAGAUUAAUGAGUCGAUGCAGAUACAUUCUUUAGAAGUAAAUUGUCUUAAAUUAAAAGAAGAUUUCAUAUCAAACUUUGAGUUUUCUACAAGGACUGAAGAUGGAAAAUGCUGCAAAAAAUAUGAAGCUACUGCUUGUAAAGAAGGAUUAGCAAUAUACAAGGUUGGUGAUACAUGGCCCUCCCCAGAUGGAAAUAAAUGUAAAAAUAUUACAUGUGUUAGAAAAACUAAUGGGGAAUUAUCUAAGCAAGAGUCCUUUGAAACUUGUACAAAGGAUUGUGAAAAGCUGGACGGCGAGCUACCAAACCCUGUUCCAUCAAUCGCCGAUGCACUGGCAUAUCUGAAAUUGCUAUUCCAGCCUCUUGGAUCAAUCUGGUCAGCACUCGACGAGGUUUUUUUAGUUUUCCAAGCAAUUACAUCGGACAAAUCCUUGCUUAGACCCAGAAAACAUUUUAGCUUGAGUUGGGUUGGGUUCACAACAAUACACGACAAUUUACUUGUUUUAUUUUACAAACGUCAGAUAGUUGUUGACAGCUCGCCUUCAACUUCUUCUGAGUAA